UCGGUGGUCGUGUUUGGCGCGGACGGCGACCUUGCGUCGAAGAAGAUCCUGCCGACGCUCUUCAAUCUCUGGCGGCGCAAGCUCGUGCCGCGCGACCUCCUCGUCUUUGGGUUCGCGCGUGCGCCGAUGACGACCGAGACCUUCCGCAAGCACAUCUUCAAGUGCGUUUACCACCCGUCGCAGCCGCAGGGCGACCGGAAGGAGUUUCUGCAGCGCUGCCACUACCAGUCUGGCCAGUUUGACGAGCCAGAGGCGAUGGAGGCGCUGCUGAGGCAACGGGAGGAGGCGGAGGCGGCGCGACUCGCAGCGAGGCAGCAGCCCGCAGGCAGCCGGCCACAAGCACUCCACUUUCAGGACCGGCGGCCGGCGUCGGCGUCGUUCGAUGCCGUCGGCGCGGCGGCCGAGGCGGGCGUGCCGGAGGAGCAGGACACGGCUUCGUGCCAGCAGAUGGUGCGCGAGUUGUCGAUGCUGCGGGAGGACGAGAUCUUCCGAAUCGAUCACUACCUUGGCAAGGAGCUGGUGAUGAAUCUGCUCGUGCUGCGUUUUGCCAACGUCUGCUUCCAGGGCAUCUGGAACCGGCAGUACAUCAAGAACGUGCAGGUCAUCUUCAAGGAGGACUUCGGGACGCAGGGGCGCCGGGGUGGGUGGGUAGCGCGAGCGAGAGGUGUGCGACACCUCUGCCACCAGGUGAUGGCAUUGGUGGCGAUGGAGCAGCCGCUCUCCUUCUCCGCCGGCGACAUCCGCGCCGAGAAGCUCAAGGUGCUCAAGUGCGUGCAGCCGCUUACCCUCGACACGCUCUGCACCGGCCAGUACGUCCGCUGCGGCAACUCGCCCGGGUACCUCGAGGAGCCGACCGUCGUGGACAAGCAGAGCCGCACCGAGACCUUCGCCGCCGCCGUGCUGCAUGUGCACAACCCUCGGUGGGAGGGCGUGCCCUUCGUGCUCAAGGCGGGCAAGGCACUCACGGACCGCAAGGCAGAGGUGCGGAUCCAGUUCCACAACGUGCCAGGCGUCAUCUCGGACCUCGCCAACUCGCUCCCCGCCAACGAGCUCGUCGUGCGGCUGCAGCCCGAGGAGACUAUCUACUGGAAGGUGCAGAACAAGGUGCCUGGUCUCGGUUUCGAGACCAAUCAGAUCCGGAUGGACUUGCUGUACGCCACAAAGUUUCAGCAGCGCAAGCUGCCAGAGGCGCGCGCGGCGGCGGCGUACGAGCGGUUGCUCCUCGACGUCCUCGCGGGGCAGUCGUCGAAUUUUGUGUCCGCCGAGGAGCUCAUCCAUUCUUGGGCCAUCUUCACGCCGGUGCUGCACCAGCUGCGCGAGGAGAAGGUGGUGCCCGAGCCAUACCCAUACGGGUCUCGCGGCCCGCCCGGCGCCGACGAGCUCGCUUCUCGU